CUUUUACACGCAACUGCGCCACGAAUCCGUGCAAUACCUUUCAGGAUAUAUUAUAAUAAAACACGUUGACAAACAGAGCGCACCCUUAAUGAUCGAUCAGGGUUGCCAGCCUUCCGAACUCUUUGGCCGUAGCGCCUGCUACAGUCCCGCGCCGACCGUAGACCGCUACGCGCGUAGCCCGUAGCACUUCUUCAAACUUACAACAGUUACAAAAGUAUACUUACAAGUGACCGAGUUGAUAAGUGGAAGUGAUAAGUGGUUUAUACGGAUCGGAACGAAGCGGCGAUGUCGCUGGUGCCGCCCGGCGGCGCGGACUCGCCGAGCCCGCGCCGCGCCGUCAGUCCUCUGCUGGAGUCGCGCCGCCCGCACUGCACGCUCGCCUGCGACUACUGCGCGGCCGUGCUGGAGGACAAGUUCAAACGUAGUGCAGAGAUGCGCAAUCGAGGCACGUCACCGCUGUCCGUGUCUCCGCGCCAGUCUCUCACGGGGGAACCGCCCUGGACGGUUCCGGAAGAUGAUAGGCCAGACUUCUUAGCGCUCAAGGAAAAUAUCCACAGAAUUAACAAGGACUGCGAGACAUCCACGCGGCUGGACAUGCUGUUGACGCAAGUAGAGCAAUACGCCAACAACCUCGAAGCACUGGUGGAGGAGCGCACGUCCGACUAUCUUGAGGAGAAGAGAAAGUGCGAGGAGCUGCUCUAUCAACUCUUACCGAAGUCAGUCGCCUCGCAGCUUAUUAUGGGUCAGCCGGUCAUGGCCGAGACCUAUGAUCAGGUGACAAUAUACUUUAGCGACAUCAUCGGCUUCACGAAACUGUCCGCAGAAUCUACGCCCCUGGAGGUCGUCGACCUCCUGAACGAUUUGUACACCAUGUUCGACUCCAUUAUUGAAAACUUUGACGUCUACAAGGUGGAGACCAUUGGUGACGCAUACAUGGUGGUAUCAGGUCUGCCCAUGCGCAACGGUAACCGGCACGCGGCGGAGAUCGCGCGCAUGUCGCUUGCGCUGCUGAAUGGAGUGGCAUGCAAGACUGUGCCCCACCGGCCUGGGGAGCGACUACUGUUGAGGAUUGGAAUGCAUACAGGACCAUGUGUGGCUGGUGUGGUGGGACUAAAGAUGCCGCGCUACUGCCUCUUCGGGGACACCGUGAACACCGCCUCGAGGAUGGAGUCUCACGGCGAGGCGCUUAAGAUACACGUCAGUCCCAAGACCAAAGAAGUCCUAGACUUGUACGAUUGCUUCGACUUGGAGUGCAGAGGAGAAAUCACGAUGAAGGGUAAAGGAAAAAUGACGACUUACUGGUUGCUUGGCGAGAAAAAAUCCAAAAAUCCUCAAAUUCAUAGCUAUGAUGAUUUAAAUGGGAGUGAAAACACUGCAAAUAACCCUAGCAUAACAUUCCAAGGCCCUGACAGCCCUGCAGCUCACUCGGUCAAACAUCGUCAAAAGAGUCCUGAAUAUAAAAUUAAUGACCAAAAAACUCAAGAUUCUCAUAAACAAACACCUCUCGAAUUACUAAAUGAACGAGACCGUAUUAAGCAUGAAAUUGCAACAUUUGUAGCAAAAGAUCUGAUCAACAAUAUUGAUAUAGCCGUGAAAGAGUUCAGAAAAUCACAAAGCGCAAAUUUUGCAGCAAUGAUGGCUGUCCAAAGUAAAACAGUUUGUAAUGGAAACGACAGAGGCCUAAUCACACCCACUUAUGAUAAGGAACUUGUCAUUAGCAAAGGUAAGGUGCGAGAUGUCGUCAACCGAUUCAACAACAGUGUAGGCAACGAUACUAAGAUCGGUAAACCGAAAUCGAUUAAAGCUGAAGACUGAAUUGCAUGAAAUAAAGCAACGCCUAAUUCCCUUGCCCGGUCCAAAACCUUUUUUCUUUAUGAAAAAACUUUUAAACUAAUAUUAAGAGUUUAGACAAUGUUUCUAUUUAAGCGUUACCAGAGUAUUUUGUGCCAAGCACAUUCCAUAGUCUAGUCAUUAUCGAAUAAGUACCUAACAGUCUCCU